AUGGUGGAGUUUGCACCUUUGUUUGUGCCACUGGAACGCAGGCUACAGACCUUCGCGGUCCUGCAGUUGAUCUUCUCUUACUUGGCCCUGCACUUGAUCUGCUGGGCAGUCUUCAUUGGCCUCCUGUUCACAAGAUUCUGGAUGAUCAGUAUCCUGUAUGCGAUUUGGUGGUACCUGGAUCGAGACAGGCCAUGGCAGGGGGGCAGGCAGAGUGCUUUCCUAAGGCACUGGACCAUAUGGAAGUACACGAAGGACUAUUUCCCCAUCUCGCUGGUCAAGACUGCCGAGCUGGACCCCUCCCGAAACUACAUCGCUGGCUUCCACCCUCAUGGGGUCCUCGCCACCGGAGCGUUUACCAACCUGUGCACGGAGGGUACGGGAUUCUCCUCAGUUUUCCCAGGCAUCCGCUCACAUCUGAUGUUGAUGCACUGGUGUUUCUGGGCCCCUGUCUACAGGGAUUACAUCAUGACAGGGGGGCUGGUCUCAUCAGACAAGGAGAGUGCUGAUCACAUUCUGAGCAGGAAAGGAGGUGGCAACCUGCUGUCCAUCGUUGUUGGGGGCGUCCAGGAGGCACUGAAUGCCAGGCCUGGAGCCUUCAAGCUGGUGCUGCGGAACCGCAAGGGCUUCAUCAGGCUCGCCCUCACGCACGGGGCAGAUCUGGUGCCAAUCUUCUCCUUUGGGGAGAAUGACAUAUAUGACCAGGUUGAGAACUCUCCUGGUUCCUGGUUGCGGUGGUUUCAGAACCGAAUUCUGAAGAGCAUUAGAUGUUCCAUCCCUCUCUUCUAUGGCCGUGGAGUCUUCCAGUACAGCUUGGGUCUUAUGCCCUACCGCCGACCCAUCACCACUGUGGUGGGGAAGCCCAUCAGGGUGCAGAAGACACCACAUCCCUCCCAGGAGGAGGUGGACAGGCUGCACCAGCGCUACGUGAAGGAGCUGGAAAAUCUCUUCGAAGCCCACAAGCUCAAGUACAACGUCCCCAGAGACCAACACUUGGAGAUCUGCUGA